AGACGUCUUUAAGAUGGCGGCGGCGGCGGCGGCGGCUGCACGAGCAGUGUCUGUGGGCCCUGGGCUCCGGGGCCUGCAACGGACACUGCCUCUUGUAGUGAUUCUCGGGGCCACGGGCACCGGCAAAUCCACCCUGGCGUUACAGCUAGGCCAGCGGCUCGGUGGCGAGAUCGUCAGCGCUGACUCCAUGCAGGUUUAUGAAGGCCUAGACAUCAUCACCAACAAGGUUUCUGCCCAAGAGCAGAAAAUGUGCCAGCACCACAUGAUCAGCUUUGUGGAUCCUCUUGUGACAAAUUAUACAGUGGUGGACUUCAGGAACAAGGCAACUGCUCUGAUUGAAGAUAUAUUUGCCCGAGAUAAAAUUCCUAUUGUUGUGGGAGGAACCAAUUAUUACAUUGAGUCUCUGCUCUGGAAAGUUCUCAUCAGUGCAAAGCCCCAGGGGAUGGGCACUGUGCAUGUGAUUGACCGGAAAGUAGAGCUUGAAAAGGAGGAUGGUCAUGCACUCCACAAACGCCUAAGCCAGGUGGACCCAGAAAUGGCUGCCAAGCUGCACCCACAUGACAAGCGCAAAGUGGCCAGGAGCUUGCAGGUGUUUGAAGAAACGGGAAUCUCUCACAGUGAAUUUCUUCAUCGUCAACAUGCAGAGGAAGGUGGUGGUCCCCUUGGAGGCCCUCUGAAGUUCCCUAACCCAUGCAUCCUCUGGCUUCAUGCUGAACAGACAGUUCUAGAUAAGCGCCUGGAUAAGAGGGUGGAUAACAUGCUUGCUGCUGGGCUCUUGGAUGAACUAAGAGAUUUUCAUAGACGCUAUAAUGAGAAGAAAGUUGCAGAAAAUAGCCAGGACUAUCAACAUGGUAUCUUCCAGUCAAUUGGCUUCAAGGAAUUUCACGAGUACCUGAUCACUGAGGGAAAAUGCACACCAGAGACUAGUAACCAGCUCCUAAAGAAAGGUAUUGAGGCUCUGAAACAAGUGACUAAGAGAUACGCCCGGAAACAAAACCGAUGGGUUAAAAAUCGUUUCUUGAACAGACCUGGUCCCGGUGUCCCCCCAGUAUAUGGCUUAGAAGUAUCUGAUACCUCAAAGUGGGAGGAGUCUGUUCUUGAACCUGCUCUUGAAAUCGUGCAAAGUUUCAUCCAGGGCCAGAAGCCUGCAGCCGCUCCAGUAAAGAUGCCAAGCAAUGAAACUGAGAACAAGAGAAGUUAUCACAUGUGUGACCUCUGUGAUCGAAUCAUCAUUGGGGACCGUGAAUGGGCAGCACAUGUGAAAUCCAAAUCCCACUUGCACCAGCUGAAGAAAAGAAGAAGAUUGGACUCAGAUGCCAUCACCACCAUUGAAAGUCAGAGUAUUUCCCCAGACCGUGAUGAAGAGCUUAAAGAAAAGGGAUCUCUAGGGCAGAAUGAUGAAGAGCUGAAAUCCAGCAUUUAAGGGACUUGUCCAGUGGCCUUUGCAAAGGUGAUAGGGAUCCAGUUCUUUCAUUCAGUGAUGUGGCUUUAAAGUCUCAUGUUCUGUCAUGGAAACAGCAGGUCUUGUUAGCUCCUUGUGUAGCUGAUGUGUCUGGUCUGGUAAUGAUGAGUUCGGAAGGGAUUUUUUUUCCUUUUAACUUUAAAGGUUCUAUUUUUAAAAGAGGCACAGAUUGUACUUUUUACACUUGAUCUUUUGGUGAUGAGUACCAGGAUUCACUGUAUCCCUUAAAAAAGAAGUUUUAUGUCCCUGACUCUGGCUGGAAAUAAUCUAAUUCCAGACACUGUUACGGAUGACUGAGUUAUUGUGAACCACAAUUCAGCAGUUCUGGAUUUGAAUGAAUGGCAGGAAAGGAGCAGCCCCAGUGAGAUAAUCAAGUGAAACCAAACCAGUUUUUGGAAUUCCAUCGAGCAGAGACUCAGACUGAGGUGGUUGUAACAUGGGACUUGAAAACUGAAGACUGACAUUUGUUGAGUUCCUCCUGGGUGAUAAUCGCUGCUUUUUAUUGAGUUAAAAAUCUAUAUUUUUAUUGAAAGUUAAAUAAAGAGAAAAUUUGCAGGAGCCCUUCUAGUCCUGAAAAAA